CCCAAAGGCUGGUCCUGGCCGGGAGGGGUGAGGGGGCGAAAGACCGUAGAGACGUGCUCGGCACCAACCACUCAGAGUAGUGGAGGGGUGGAGAGGGCAGCAGGAGGUUAUCCUCUAGUUAGUGCCCCUCGUGGGACCACGUGAUUGAAGAAGUACCGCCUUCACCCUCUUGAGCCAGGUGUUCGAAUCCUGUUUCCAGUCUGGGCGUCUCAGUACCGCCUGCGUGAGAUGCCAAAGGCCUAGUCGUGGGGUUCAUGGCGGCGCCGGUCCGUCUGGGCCGGAAACGCCCGCUGCCGGUUUGCCCCAACCCGCUCUUUGUACGCUGGCUGACCGAGUGGCGGGACGAAGCAGCCAGCAGGGGGCGCCGCACGCAAUUCGUGUUUCAGAAGGCUCUGCGCUCCCUCCGGCGUUAUCCACUGCCCCUGCGCAGCGGUAAAGAAGCUAAGAUCCUACUGCAUUUCGGAGACGGGCUCUGCCGGAUGCUGGACCAGCGGCUGCAGAAGCACCGAUCAUCUGGCGGUGACCAUGCCCCAGGUUCAUCUGGAGCGAAGAGCCCAGCCGAGGAAGGACCACCUGCUGAAGUCCAGGACUCUUCCAUGCCAGUUCUGGCCCAGCCCAAAGCGGGAGGCUCUGGCAGCUACUGGCCAGCUCGGAACUCUGGAGCACGAGCAGUAUUGCUGCUGCUCUAUAGGGAACACCUGAAUUCUAGUGGCCACAGCUUCCUAACCAAGGAGGAGCUGCUGCAGAGGUGUGCCCAGGAGGCUCCCGGGGUAGCACCUGGGAGUGCUCGACCCUGGCCAGCGCUCCGCUCCCUCCUUCACAGGAACCUGAUCCUUAGGACACACCAGCCAGCCAGGUACUCACUGACCCCAGAAGGUCUGGAGCUGGCCCAGAAGCUGGCCGAGUCAGAGGGCCUGAGCUCUCCGAAUGUGGGCAUCGGGCCAGAGGAGCCCCCUAGGGAGAAGCCAGAAGUGCCAAGAUCAUUCUCAGCUGAGCUUGGCGCCAAUGAAGGCAGUGUCCAGCAGCCGCAGCUGGAGCUGAGGCCUGGAGAGUACAGGGUGCUGUUGUGUGUGGAUGUUGGCGAGACCAAGGGGGCGGGGCACAGAUCAGAACUGAUCCGCCAGCUGCAGCGGCUGCACGUGACCCACACAGUGCGGAAGCUGCACAUCGGUGACUUCGUGUGGGUGGCACAGGAGACCAGGCCCAGAGACCCGGCAAGACCUGGGGAACUAGUCCUGGACCACAUCGUGGAGCGCAAGCGAAUGGACGACCUGUGCAGCAGCAUCAUCGACGGCCGCUUCCGGGAGCAGAAGUUCCGGCUGAAGCGCUGUGGCCUGGGGCGCAGAGUAUACCUGGUGGAGCAGCAUGGCUCAGUACACAACCUCAGCCUUCCCGAGAGCACACUGCUGCAGGCUGUCACCAACACUCAGGUUAUCGAUGGCUUCUUCGUGAAGCGCACAGCAGACAUUAAGGAGUCAGCUGCCUACCUGGCCCUCUUGACCCGAGGCCUGGAGAGACUUUACCAGGGCCACACUCUAUGCAGUCGCACCUGGGGAAUCCCAGGGGACCCCGAAUCAGGAGCUGGCCCCUCCUCCAACCCUCUCUGCUCACUGCUCACCUUCAAAGAUUUCAACACGGGAGCCAUCAAGAACAAGGCCCAGUCUGUGAGGGAGGUGUUCACCCGGCAGCUGGUACAGGUGCGAGGAGUGAGUGGGGAGAAGGCAGCAGCCCUGGUGGAUCGGUACAGCACCCCUGCCAGCCUACUGGCCGCCUAUGAUGCCUGUGCCACCCCCAAGGAACAGGAACUGCUGCUGAGCACCGUCAAGUGUGGGCGACUGCAGAGGAAUCUGGGGCCCGCUCUGAGCAGGACCUUGGCCCAGCUUUACUGCAGCUACAGCCCCCUGACCUAAACUUUGCCACGAGACAGACCCCAGUCCCCAUCUUCUAAGGCUAGCCAGCCUUUUAACCAGAAUCUUCUGGACUUCCAAUAAAAAAUCUAAGUAUUUGCAACGUUA